AUGACUGGACCCCUCACCAGAAUCUCAGGUUCUCCCCCUGAUUCAUCACACUUAAAACUUCUUUCUAAAUUGCCUACCUUUUUUCACCUGAAUGCGGAAUUAGGGGAAACCGACGUCUCUGCCUGGCAGUCAACCAUCUGUCAUUACCCGGCCCCCUGGGCUGAGCUGGCCACAGAGGACAUCAUCCUGACAGUACCAGCUGCUGAUGUACACCACAUGAACAACCCAGCGAGUCUGCUUUCCAUCUGCAACAAGAUGAUGUAUGCAAUAGCCAGACUGGCAGUCAUCCCAGCAACUUUUCCAAGGCCAGAGAGGAUGGUGGCAGAUGUCCAUAUAUCUCAUGGUUGGAUGCAUGCUGGCAACCCAGUCAUGCAUCAUUUGAAGUCAGUGACAGAGGUGGUGGGUGUUCGGUCCCUUGAAGCCAAUGGCCUUUGGGGUGCCAUUCAUGAGCUGGGCCACAACCAGCAGCAAUCUGAACAGUUUUCCCCUCACGCCUCCAAAGCCACCUGCAGUCUCUGGUCUGUUUAUAUGAAUAAGACUGUGUUGGGCAUCCCAAAAGAUAAGGCCCAUAAUGCACUUGCACUAGAACUUAGGAAGAAGAUUCGAGAUUACCUUGAAAAUGGAUCACAGCUGAAGUACUGGGAAGUAUUUACUGCCCUGGAGACAUACCUGCAGGUGCAAGAGGCUUUUGAUUGGGAAGCCUUAAUUAAAUAUUUUGAAUACCAAAAUAUGUCUGAACUCCCAGAUGAUAAUGACUUAAAAAUGAAUCUGUGGGCAGAAACCUUUUCUCAUCUGGUGAAGAAGAAUUUGACUCCUUUCUUUAAAUCCUGGGGAUGGCCACCGAGGAGAGCCUUUCCCCAGCUGGUCAGACGAUCUAAUGAAGCAGUGCAUCUCCUAAGCAGGUUUUUGCUCAUGAAAAUGGAAAUAUGAUGGUGCUCUGCAGCAGUUUUAAAUGGUGUUUGGAUGCUAUGGAACUGUAAUGAAUCUAAGAAGCAGCUCUAAAUUGUACUUGUGAUAGAAGAGAUUGUUCUUAGCUCCCUCCCAAGCCUGCCUUUGUGUGUUAGGGUCCCACUACUUCCCAACAGGGCCUUGAACUUCAUUUAAUGUUUUGGAAGAGGUUGCCUUCGUGCUGUGCUCUCAGAGUUGGUAGCUGUGUAGUAAGAAACUGCUGCUUUAGCUCAUGUCAGAAGUAAAACAGAGUCCAGGCAGUGAAUUUACCACCUUGAUCCUCAGCUAGAAUAUAUCUGCAGUUAUCUGUAGUAAAAUUAUAGCAACUUGCUCUGUCUAAGGAUCUAAGACAGCAGUUGCCUCACCUCACAGGUUUGAAUAUGUUUACAGGAAAGCAGCGCUGGACUGUGUUUACUAUGGUCUAUUUUGAUCUCAAAUCUAAAUAAACAGAUCAAUGGCUUGUUCUUAAAUGCUACACCUGAAUUUCCCCUAUGUUAAAACACAGACUGUAGCACAAGCCAGUUUUUAUGCUGCAUUUCAAG